GGGGAACAAACACGCCGCCUGUGAAUGUAUGCAAGACUGCAAACACUGAAGGUAGCUGGAAUUUGUGAAUUAAUUUAACACCGUAUUUUGUUUUUUCUAACCUGGUUACCUGUAGGUGAGUGUGAAUGGAAGAUGCUUCUCCGGACGUUGUGGUCCAGACUGGGAGCCCAGCUGCAUGCAGGGAGCAUAUCAGGCUGCGUUUUAACUUCUGCCAGGACUCACUGUGCUCCGUGGAGCUUUUCCAGGACCUGCCAUUUAAACUCUAUUCAUCAGCAGCACGAGCAGAAAAGACAUGUUUCUUUGCCUGCUUUGAGUGGAUGUAAAAGUCUUAGCAGUGGGUUUUUGACUGACCCUGGGAGACUUUCAAACUGUGCAAGAGGACAAACAAGUUUGUAUUCAACCAACCUCGUAAAGUCAGUGUUGAAACCAGGUUUGAAACCAGCCACAGUGCCUGGGAAAAGGGCACCCAAGGGACCACGGACGAAGCAGCCAUCCAGAGCCAACCAGCCUUCCCUCAGUGAAGACAAGGAUAUGAUGCAGUGCAUUGCUUUUGCAACAGCAGAUCAGUAUCAUUUGCCCACACUUUCUCACGACUUGAUAAACCACGGCUUCCAUGAGAUAGAUUUGCCCAGAGAUGCCUCGAAUGUUCUGGUGAUAAGCACAGACAUGGCUGCAAAACCAGAUGACAAUGCACAAAUCUUCUUCUUCAGAGAAGGCUCAGUAGUUUUCUGGAAUGUCGAGGAGAAAACGAUGAAAAACAUUUUGAGAAUCCUGGAACACCAUGAGAUCCAGCCUUAUGAAGUAGCGUUAGUCCACUGGGAAAACGAGGAAAUUAACUACACUGUGGGAGAGGGAAAUACAAAGCUUGAGCGUGGCAACUUUAUUCUGAGUGAUGAUAUGGAUCAAGAGGAAGCUGUUUUGGAGAAAUUUGCAUUUUCAAAUGCACUUUGUUUGUCUGUGAAGUUGGCAAUAUGGGAGGUAGCAUUAGACAACUUUGUAGAGUCAAUUCAAUCAAUUCCAGAGACACUCAAGUCUGGGAAAAGAGUCAAGUUGUCCUCUGCAGAGGUUAUGCAGAAGAUAGGAGAGCUUUUCACAUUAAGACACUGUAUAAACCUGAGAUCUGACCUCCUCCUCACGCCUGAUUUCUACUGGGACAGAGAAAACCUAGAAAAACUCUACGAUAAGACGUGCCAGUUCCUCAGCAUCAACCGCAGAGUCAAUGUUGUGAAUGAGAAGCUGGAACAUUGCACGCAGCUGACAGACUUGAUGAGGAGCCACCUGAGUGAGAAGCACAGCUUGAGGUUGGAGUGGAUGAUAGUCAUCCUGAUUACGAUUGAGGUUAUGUUUGAACUCGCAAAAAUGAUCUUCUAAACUGCUCCUCUGAAGCUACAACAACUCUAAAAAGGGCACAAGCAGCUAUGAAAGAAGAAUGCUGCACUGUGCGAAGGCACUGAGUCGUGAAGGGGACCUAGAUAACGCUGAAUGUGUUUACUCUUCAUGUGUUACAUCAGCAACUUUCUGAAAACCAUGAAUUAUUUUUAAAUCAAGAAUUUCACAAAUUGUUGCUGAGGAUCUUGGCUGAGGGCGGGGGGAGUAUUUUACACACAUUUGUUCUUUAUUACUGUGAAAAAAACAAAGAAAAAUCAAAGUAGGCAAAAAAAGAAGAUUUUUAAUCUUUUGUGAUGAUCUGACCUUUAUGUUUUGGGACGUUUUUUGUCUUUAUGUUCUUAAUUUUCUUUUUACGUCAUGUGAAAGCAUUUAUGUUUUCUUGUCAGUGUCAAAGACACAUUUUUGAAAGGUCUUAUUUGCAUGGGAAGGCGGGGACUCCCACAUCUUGACACUGAUCUUGCAGCUGAUUUAAAAAAGAAAGGGGGGAAAAAAGAUGUAGAAAUACAUCCAGAUUUACUGAGUCGCAAACACCAACUGUAACGCUGUUAUAAAAAGAUGGGAAUAAAGUAUUUAUGUUCAAUAUUUCCAAGC